AUGCAGCGGUUCUUGCUUACCAUGAUGCUUCUCGGUCAGGAUGUUGUUGUUGGUGAAGAAAAACGCCGGCUGGAUGGAAAUCAGCAACCGACUCAUUCUGGUCCAUUUGGAUCAAAAUUAGAAGAAAUAACAAAAUUGUGGACGUCCAGUGAUGUUGAGGAAAUUUCCAAACUUUCAAAAAUGGGUACGCUUGAAAAGAAGAAGAUAUUUUUCGAAGAAGCAGAUCGACCACCACCAUCUUAUUAUGAUGGCAGCUUGGAGAAGAUGCCUCUCAAGAAAGUCCCGUUCCAGACGCCCGAUCCAGAAAAAUGGCUGAAAGCGCCCGAAUUCGUGCCGAGGACGAAAAUGUUGGUGGAUGCAUUUGCACCGCCACCUGAUCUUCAUCAGGAUAUCUCUUCGUUGACGGAAGUUCCAUUUGUCCCCAUCGGACAUCUACCACAAUCGUCGCAGCUCGCGAAAUGCGUCACAGGGCCAUUUAUUCCGAGCUCGCCGGCACCGUUCGUGCACCCGGCACCGCCCUUCCCUCCAAUGGUUCCAAUGCCGCCUGCAGCGACGCCCGGUACUCCUGCGCUCCCGGUGAUUCCGAACGGAUACACGGUGAACAUCACCAACCUGAACCAAGGAGCUGGCCCUCCAAUACCUGCGAUAGUACUGCGAAAGAAGCGGCGAAAGCGCAACAAGAACACUCAGUCACUCGUGAUGAAUUCUUCUGAGUCCCCCACUUCUUCACAUCCGCUCGACCCGAAUGGUUACGGUAGUGACAGAAAUGCAGCGUCCACGCCGGAUGAAGCGCCGAUAAUGGAGAACGAAGAGUCUACUGUGACGGAUGCGAAACAGCUGCUGAGUGGUUCCUGUCCGGAUCUGAGUGAAGAACAGCUCGAAAUGUGGGACAACUACUUGUACGCCGCUGCUGUCGACAGUAAGGAAAAGACCAGUAAACCCAGCCCACCACCUAAGUCCUCCAAGCAAGAGUCUAUGGAAGCCUCGGCCUAUGAUGUUUUACCAAGGAGUCUUCGAGAUGUCGCUGAGCAACAGCUAGACGGCUUUUCCAACCCAGAAAUCCGACGGCUCGAUAGGGAAAUCAAUGGCAAUAACAUGUCCUCAUCAAUGGUGAUGAAGCGACUGGCGGAACAACGCUACCAUGAUUCAGAUGGAUCCACUCAAAGAAGCUUAGCUGCCGAAAUGCAAGAGCUCAGAUUUAGGCCGGAGAUCAGCAAGAUAGUAGUAGGGGCUCUCACUUCUCCUCCUCUUCCUCAUCAUUCCCAGGAAAUGGAAGUAAUUAUUACAUUUCAGCUGGGAGUCGAGAUAUAA